AAAACACUAUUGGUGGUUCUGCUUACAAGUUGUAGCCUCCGGGGAGAAUCACACAAGCAGGCCUCUGUGCUCUGCUCACAACAGGCCCCUAUCCUUCCCCGCACAGACUCACAGAAGCAGGAUGCGUUUGGUGUGUGCUUUGGGCCUUUUUCUGGCCCUGCUGCAUCUUUCUUCCUCUCUGCUGUUGGGAGCCUUCAACAUCAAGUCAUUUGGAGACAAGAAAUCCUCCAAUGCAACUCUGAUGAACAUCAUCAGCACGAUUGUCCACCGCUAUGACAUCAUUCUGAUCCAGGAGGUCAGAGACAGCGAUCUGUCAGCGACCAAAAAACUCAUGGAGCAUGUCAACAAAGGUUCUCCUCAGUUCAGGUACAGUCACAUCGUCAGUGAGCCACUAGGUCGCAGCUCCUACAAGGAGAGAUAUCUCUUCCUCUACAGAGAGCAGACGGUGUCUGUGGUUAAAAACUACACCUACGAUGACGGCUGUGAGGCCUGCGGGACGGACACCUUCAGCAGAGAGCCCUUCGUUGUCAUGUUCUCGUCCAAAUACACCGCUGUGAAGGACUUUGUUCUGAUCCCCCAGCACACCUCUCCAGACUCUGCUGUGAAGGAAGUGAAUGCUCUCUAUGAUGUGGUGGCUGAUGUCCGCACCCGCUGGGACACCAACGACAUCAUGCUGCUGGGAGACUUCAACGCUGGCUGCAGCUAUGUAACAGGCUCUGAAUGGCAGAAGAUCCGCCUCUUCACCGACAAGAGCUUCCACUGGCUGAUCGCCGAUGAGGCCGACACCACAGUGUCACACACUAACUGCCCUUAUGACAGGAUUGUGGUCACCACUGACAUGAUGAAGGGAGUGGUGCAGGGCAGCGCCAAGGUCUACAACUACAUGAUGGAUUUGAAUCUCAGCCACAGUCUGGCAUUGGCCGUCAGUGACCAUUUCCCUGUGGAGGUGAAGCUGAUUGGCCAGGCUGCUGCUGCCUGAAUCACGACUCCCACAACCCUUGCACAGGACCCUAGGCUGAAUCUGACUUACACUACCCAGCAGGGGAACUCUGGCUAUCCAUGCAGCCAUGAAUUAAUAAUAAUUUUAAUAAUUCAAUAAACAAAUCUACCAAA